AUGGCAGCCUCUAAGCUAUCACAGGCCAGCGUGGCCAUCAUUAUCACCAGCACUCGAACUCCUAGAAUUGGCCCCAAAAUCGCAAACAUUAUCAAAGACAUCGUAGAAGAAGCAGAUCAAAACGAAACGAAGCUCUCUUUAGUCGACCUAGCAGACUUCAAGCUACCCAUCUAUGAUGAGACCGUUGUUCCAUACCAGGUCCCCUCUCAGGCAUCCUAUGCAAAUGAGCACAGUCGUCGCUGGAGUGCCGAGAUCUCCAAGCACGAUGCCUAUGUCCUCGUUAUCCCAGAGUACAAUUAUGGCAUGGCUGGAAGUACAAAAAAUGCGAUUGAUUACUUGAGAAACGAGUGGAUAGGCAAGCCCGCAGCCAUCGUCAGCUACGGUAUGGCUGGCGGUAAAAACGCUUCAGACCAGAUGCGCGUGAGUCCUACAAGGCCUCAGCUGGUAUUUGUCAAGAGCGAUGAAAUUUCCGAUAUUUUCACAGCCAUGCACAAGGGAGAACUCGGGGAAAGGUCACGCGAGAUUUGGACGACUAAGGAUAAGCAGGACAUCUUAAAGGCUUUCGGGGAAUUGAAAGAGGCUCUUAAGACUCCUUCCGCAGAAAAGAGGAACUAA